AUGGAGCACAACACGGAAAUUGAGGUCGCCUUAGAGUGCACCCUACCCGGGCACUGUCUAAUCGGCAGACUCUUUAACGCGACGCUGCCGGUGGGAGAAACGCCGCAGAGCCUGGCAGUGAACAAACACAAGCCGUGGAUCGAGACGUCCUACCACGGGGUGAUCACGGAGAACACCCACGUGGUCCUGCUCGACCCCCCCCUGGUCGCACUUGACAAGGAUGCCCCCGUGCCCUACGCAGGGGAGAUCUGCGCCUUCAACAUCCAUGGGCUGGAGGCCCCGUUCGAGGCGGUGGUGCUGAACGGCACGUCGGGCGAGGGCCAGCUGAGGGCCCGGGGCCUGGUGGACUGUGAGCUGCAGAAGGAGUACACCUUCAUCAUCCAGGCCCAUGACUGUGGCUCCGGGCCGGGGGGAACCGAGGGCAAGAAGUCCCACAAGGCGGUGGUGCACAUCCAAGUCAACGAUGUCAAUGAGUUUGCGCCCGUGUUCCGGGAGGCGCGGUACCGCGCGGCCGUGACGGAGGGGAAGAUCUACGACAGCAUCCUGCAGGUGGAGGCCACGGACCAGGACUGCUCGCCGCAGUACAGCCAGAUCUGCAACUACCAGAUCACCACCGCCGACUCGCCCUUCGCCAUCGACCGCAACGGUAACAUCCGGAACACGGAGAAGCUGAGCUACGAGCGGCAGCAGCAGUACGAGAUCCAGGUGACGGCCUGGGACUGCGGCCAGAAGAGGGCACUGGUCAGUGCCCCCGUCCGCAUCGACGUCAAACCCGUCUGCAAGCCCGGCUGGCAAGGGUGGAACAAGAGGGUGGACUACGAGCCCGGCACGGGCAGCAAGCAGCUCUUUCCCAAGAUGCACCUGGAGACGUGCGGGGGUCCGCUGUCGUCGGUGAGGACCACCGUGGAGCUCCAGACGAGCCACAUCGGGAAGGGGUGCGACCGCGAGACCUACUCCGAGAAAUCCCUGCAGAAGCUCUGUGGGGCGUCGUCGGGGAGCACCGACCUGCUUCCGGCGCCGGGGGCGACCACCAACUGGACGGCCUCCCUGGUGACGGACAGCGGACGCGACAGCGACCUGAUCUUCCGCUUCGACGGGCGCCAGGCGGCCAAGGUCCCCGACUGGCUGGUCCCCCAGAACCUCACGGACCAGUUCACCAUCGCCACCUGGAUGAAGCACGGGCCCAGCCCCGGCCUGAGGGCCGAGAAGGAGACGCUGCUCUGCAACUCGGACAAGACCGAGAUGAACCGCCACCACUACUCCCUGUACGUCCACAACUGCCGACUUGUGUUCCUGCUGCGCCGAGACUUCACCCAGGUGGACACCUUCAGGCCGGCCGAGUACCACUGGAAGCUGGAACAGAUCUGCGACAAGGAGUGGCACUACUACGUCAUCAACGUUGAGUUUCCCGUGGUGACCCUGUACGUUGAUGGUGUGACCUACGACCCCUAUCUGGUGACGGAUGAUUGGCCCAUCCAUCCCUCCCAGAUCGAUGUGCAGCUGACCGUUGGAGCCUGCUGGCAAGGUGGCGAGGUCGCCAAGCCACGGUUCACACAGUAUUUCCGGGGCAGCCUCGGUCUGACAAUACCCCCCGGCAGAUCGAGAGUCCAGAGGUCUCUCUGGCCUGCAGGCCUGCAAGCGAGGGCCUGGACAUCACCGCGCCUGGAGAGCCGGGAGAAGAACAUUAAGUUCCACUUCAACCCGGCCCAGUCCAUCCUGGUGAUGGAGGGGGAGGACCUGGAGAACAUCAACGCCGCUGUGGUGAAGGUCUCCUACAUCAACUCCCGCCAGUUCCCCACGCCAGGCAUCCGGCGGGUGCACAUCUCCACCACCGUCCAGUGCUUCGGGGAGGACACCUGCCUCAGCAUCCCGGACAUCGACGCGGUGGUGAUGGUGCUGCAGCCCAGCGAGCCGCGCAUCACCAUCGCCGGGGUGGAGCAGCUGAGGCGGCCGGCCGCCGACCUGAGCGGCUCCUCCGGCCUGGACCUGUUCCAGGACCUCCACAUCGCCAGCACCGUCACGCGCACCGACAGCGCCGCCCGCUACGCCGGAGUAUAUGCUGGAGGAGUCCUGGAGGAGAUCAUCCACAACCUGGACUACUGUGACAUCCUGGUGCUGGGGGAGGAGCUGAGGCCGGAGGCGGAGUCUCUUCAGCUGGACCGCAGCAGUCUGCUGGGCAUGCACCUGGACGCCACCAAUUCCACCUCCGGCAUGUCCAUAUAUGGCGUGGACUCCAUGUCAAACUACGAGCACGUCAUCCGACAGGUGCGCUACCACCACUGGCUUCCGGCCUCACUCACCCGGCGUCGCUUCCGCCUCACCUGCUCCGAGCUGAACGGACGCUACACCAGCAACGAGUUCAAACUGGAGAUCGGCGUGCUCCAUGACUCAGAGGCUGGCGAGCACGUCAACUACAUGGUGGCUCCACCGCAGUACAUGCAGAUGGUGCAUCGACCGUCUUCCCUACAACACAGCCUGUACCCCGGCCACAGCUCAGGAGUGCCGAGUGCCGCCACAGUGGUGAUCGUGAUGUGCAUCGCCGCCCUGGUGGUGGUGGUGGUGCUGGGCAUCUACCGCAUCCACCUCACCCACCAGCAGGAAGCCAAGCUGGUUGAGACCACUAAGGAGGCAGACGUGGCCUGGGAUGACUCAGCCCUCUCCAUCACUGUCAACCCCAUGGAGAACCUUACACAGCCCCAGGCCAGCGAGGAAGAGGAGGCGAGUGAAGAGGACGAAGAGGAGGACGAGGAGGAAGAUGACGAUGAAGAGGAAGACGAGGAUGACAUCACCAGUGCCGAAUCAGACGACAGCGAGGAGGAGGUGGAUGUCCAGCUACCCAGGAUUCACCAGCCCAGCAAGAGAGGGAACAACUUGGACAAAGCAACGAUAUCUUACUAAACAAAUGAAUAUGAAACAUAAACAAACUCACAUACUCGCACAUACAUCCAAAAACACAUAAUCACAUAGAGAACCCUCCAGUGCAGUGGUCGAAACAGAAGACUCCGUGAUGCGGGUGUU